UAAGUCUGUUAAAAUUGUUCAAAACAUUUUUCAGCAUAAUUGUGAGACCUAGGUCUUUGUUUGCUUUGAUGAUACAAGGGGUGUUGUAAAGUAGAGGUGACGUUACUGGAAUAAAACACUGAAGUAGUAAAGGUUUCUCUCACAAUGGGGCUUGGUACUCGAGGGUCACGGUCAUCCUCGGCUGAGGUCAUUCAGGUCCACAUGUUUCUUGGGUUCCUGGUGAGACUAAUUUUUGUCUCAUAUGGAGAAUACCAUGACCGGACUAAGGUUCUGAAGUACACUGAUGUAGAUUACCAUGUGUUCACUGAUGCAGCACGAGAAGUUGUAGAAGGUGGGUCACCCUUUGACCGUCAAACAUACAGAUACACUCCUUUUUUGGCCUGGCUCUUGAUACCAAAUGUACAGUUAAAUUUUGCUUUUGGAAAAUUGUUUUUCUCUUUUCUAGACUGCUGUGCCUCUCGUGUAAUAUAUGAAAUUCUUAUAUUGGAUGGCCAGAGCAAGAUAACAUCCUUGAAGUGUUCCUUCUUGUGGUUAUACAACCCACUAGUGAUUGGGGUGUCUACACGAGGAAGUGCAGAAUCCAUAAUGGCAGUGUUGGUCUUGCUCACAAUUUACAUGAUGAAAAUGAGGCUCCAUAUUUUAGCUGGUAUCUUUUUAGGUGCUUCAGUUCAUUUUAAAUUGUACUCAGUGAUUUACUGUCUUCCCUUAUACUUGUCUUUAUCUAGUGUCAAUCAGCAAGUAAUUGGUUGGAAGCAGUUUCUUCCUAAUUAUUCAAAGAUGAGAUUGGUAUGUGGCACAGUUUUGGCAUUUGUAGGGCUCACUGGCAUGGGAUAUAUUCUUUAUGGCGAGCAAUAUAUUGAAGAAGCUUUCCUCUAUCACUUUUCUAGAAUUGACACACGGCAUAAUUUCUCUGUGUACUUUUAUCUCCUUUAUAUUGGGGCAGACUUCCACAUCCCAGGGUUAAGUGUUGCUACAUUUGGUCCUCAGCUGAUACUAGUAUUUGCUCUUGGUUAUAAAUUCAGGAAUCGUUUUGAUGUACCUUUUGCACUCUUUACUCAGACAGUUGUGUUUGUCACAUUUAAUAAGGUUGUAACAUCUCAGUAUUUCAUGUGGUACCUUUUAUUACUGCCUUUGGUUGUGCCACGGCUUAGUGUCUCUUGGCAGAAGGCCAUUGUGCUUGCCUCACUCUGGAUGGGAGCUCAAGCUUCCUGGCUCCUUCCAGCAUACUUACUUGAGUUUCAUGGAAUUAAUGCAUUUGUACCCAUAUGGCUGGAAGGUAUUGCUUUUUUCUGCUGUAAUGUUGGUGUGUUGAUGGCAUUGUUGUCAAGUUACCGCCCACUUCCUCCACUGCACCAUCUUAGCUCCAGGAAAAAUAGAUAGGCUGUCUAGCAGGAAGAUCCUACAUAAAAGUGAUAUUUUUGUUUUGUUUUUCAGGAAAAAUAUAUUUGAAAGUUGGAACAGAACUAAUUUUUGUACACACAUAGUUGAUCCAGAAGUCUACUGAAUGCUCACCUUUUACACUGCUCUGAAUCGUUUCUGUAUAAUUCUGUACGUACUAGUGAUAGAGACUACAUAUAUAACCAGUGUGUACUCUACUCGUAUUAGUAAGUGAAGAGGUCUCUUAUUUUCAUAAUUCUCCAGCAAUGCAAGCUUGUUCUUUUUGUUAAAUUCCUUAUUAGCUCAUCAUUGAUAUCUAGUAGGUAUGCAAUACUUACUAUUCAUAUGUGGUCAUGGUGAAUGGAAAUGAGAUGUGCCCUCACCAGUUCAUCGGAAGCUGGUGCCACAUUGGCCAAAUUAACUCUUUCCUCAACAUGUUGGAUGCUUUCUUGACUACAAAAUUUUGAAUUUCAAUGGAAAGACUGGUAUCCAGAUCACAUGAAUUCUUUGACAUCAUAAUAGAAUUGAUAUGAAUUAAUAAUUUUACUUUUGCCAUAAGGUCUUUUUGCAGAAAUGUUCAGAUGUGCUUUGUAACUGACCUUUACACAAUAUGGUGCAGUGAAGAUUUGUCCUCUCACCUUGAGGCCCCACUGUGAGGGAAUGUUUGUGAAUGUUUGUGCUAUUUAGACUUCUUGAAGGGCUGUCCCCACAAUUGAACCAUGCCUGGUGGACUGUGCCCUGUCACUAGGCAAAGUCUGCCGGACUCAUUGGGGCACUGGAUGGUGUUACUCACUUUGCUGCUGGUAGCUAAUGUGUGGUGGUCAGAUGGUCAUGGCUAGAGGUUUUGCUCAGUUAUUGGCAUGGGCAUUCCAUUGGCUUGCCUCUCAAUUUUGCCUCAGUAACAUCAAGUGAGUAACCAUCAUGCUGUGCUUGAUUGUGUGGACAGAGCCAAAUUGGGAUGUCUUCCCUGUAUGUUAACAAUAUGAAGGCAAUUCAGUUUUUGCAUUUUUUAACCAUGUAAUGUUCUUGUAGUGCAACAAAAUCUGCAUACAGCAUAGAUUUGAUUCAUAGAGCUUAAGACAAGAAGAAAAACCUGCCUUUAGGAAGGAAAAUCACUAUAAAUGCCAAGCUUCAUCCUCCACAAAUUAUUAUUGAAUAUUCUUGAUCCUCUGUAAAACCAUCUUUUGCUGCUAUUUGCCAAGGUAGUUUACAGUAUAUUACUAUGUUAAUGUAUUCUGUUCCUUCAGUUGAUGCUCAUGUAGACUUUAUCCAGUUUGACACUGCCCUCCCCACCACCCCUUUUUUCUCUCUCCAAUGCACAAAUUUCCAGUGGUUGUUAAAGUUGUUUGAAGCCUAAAGAAGCUCAUCCACUCCAUUCUAUCUUUAUAGUAUGUGAAUGUAAAUAUGUACAUAUACAAGCUUGCUUUAAUCACUAGUUUUUUUUUUUGCCAUGGGUCGUUAAACAGAGCCAUUCUUACCCACAAAGUAAUUUGAUACAUGCUGUGCUGUGUAAAGAAAUAUAGUGAGGUGAGGAAACAUGUAUCAUUCUGCAGAGGAAAGGUAAUGUUAGCUUUCCUAGUCAGUGCAUGAAAGACAAUAACCCACUGUUGUGCAUGGACGUUGGCAAAAUAAGCCGUGACUAAACUGAACCCACACAGACCUGCUCAUGUUGACUUUUCUAGUCAUUAUGCAAAAGACAAGUAUUAUACAUAAAUGUAUGCAAAAAUAAACAUAGAUUUGAAGUUA